AUAUAUAUUCUUUUCACAUUUUUCACAUUAUAUUUUGCUAAACAUUUAAACAAAGUUUCUGAAGAUUUUGGGAUAACGGAAAGCGAAAGGUUUGAAAAAUACAUUAAAAAAAAAAAAGAAAACGAAAGAAGAUUAAGAGAGAAGGAGAGAGAGUGAGUGAGAGAAAGUGAGAGAGAGAGAGAGGAAAAAGGGAGAUAGAGAAGAUUUUUAAAAAAGGAAGAAAAGAGAAAAGAAGGAAGCAAGAAAAGACAGAAAGCAAGAAACAAAGAAUUGAUGAGCGAAAAUACCAAAGGUCAAACGAAAACGAAACAAGAUUGAAUAUUAAAAAAAAAAAAAAUGCAUCGAUUAGAAAAUAUAUUGAUCGUAACUGCAAUGUUUUUCAGCCAUAUUCUUUUGGCACCAACAGUACAAGGUGGAAUAUGUUGGUUACAUCGAAUUCGUGAUGUAUGUACGAUAACUUACGAAAUGAAUAUGACGAAGGAUGAAUGCUGUCAGCUCCAGCUGGCCUACAACCCUUUCACCUACUGGACACCCGAGAACCUCGCCUUCAGCGAUAUUGUACGCUACCAUGCGCUUCAUGGUGGGAUAUCAAACUGCAAUAGUUGCCGCACAAACUGUGAAAACGUUAACUGCGGAGCAAACAAGGUCUGUCGCAUGCGAGGAGGGCAACCGCGCUGUAUUUGCGCCCCGAAUUGUACACUGCCAUCCCGCUUCCAGAACUAUCGUGGUAAACUAUGUGGUUCUGACGGCAAAGAAUAUCGGAACCAUUGCAGUCUACUGAAAUAUAACUGUCGACAUAGAAAGUCCGUCAGCAUUGCUUACUUGGGAGCGUGUCGCAAUUCAUGCCAAGGUGUCAGCUGCUACAGCACCAGAAAGCGGUGUAUCGAGGAUCGCACGACAUUACCUCACUGUGUCUAUUGUAACCAACGCUGCAGUCCAAACCAAAUACGACGUUAUCUCUGCGACGAAAACGGCAAUACGCACAACAGCUUCUGUCAUCUCAUAUCAACAGCUUGCCAACAAGGACGCAGUAUCAGAUUAGCAUACCAUGGACGGUGUCGAGAAAAUGCCAAUUGUAGUAACAUUGUUUGUCCGUCUGGCAAGACGUGUCUAACCGAUCCAAGAAAUGGCCGCCCUGUGUGCUACGCUUGCAACCGCCAUUGUGAGCAUGUGCCAAGUGUUAGAGUGUGUGGCACAAACAACCGCACUUAUGAGAACUACUGCGAUCUCAGCGCCAGUGCUUGCAAACAGGGAAUUUAUAUUAAAGCUGUACAUGCAGGGAGCUGCAAAUCUUCGAACGAUACACAGAGUUUGGAAAAUCACAAUAAUUAUUCAUCAGCAUCAACGACAGCAAAUCCAUAAAUUAAAUUCUGUAUUGCCAAGAGACAGACAAAGCAGAGUCAGUGCACCAUGUUGUAACCAGUGAAGAGGUUGAUUGAUAUUUGGAAAUUAAGGAAGAAUGAAAACGAAAACAAGGACAACCAAUAGAAAAAAAAAUGAACGAAGAACUUUGUCGAUGCGUUCACGUUACAAACGGACAGAAAUGGUUAGAUACUGACGAGUUUUGGAUGGCAAC